AUGAGACGCGGCUUCUCCGUGAUUUUGCCCAACUUGCCGGGCUGCGGUGGCUCUGCGGCCAACGCGGAUACCAACGCAAAGCACCCGGGACUGGAGAAUGCCGCAGACGAGGAUUGGCGAAUCGUGGAGGGACCUUUCGAUGGGGACUCCGGAGUCAGCAGCGGUAAGGCAGCAACAUUCCCAAAAGAUCCUGAGAUCCUGCAUAUUGCAAGGAUCACCGUCAUGUGGCAUCGCUCGCUCGACGAGCCUCCACGUGUGCAAGGCUUUGUGCCGCUUGUGGCUUCCUCCCCUUACGCCAGCAAGCGUGAGCCGGGGAAGCCUCCUCCUGGCUAUCGGCCACUGCAGAAGUGCACCGUUUUUCCGCCAGGUGGCAUUUGGCUGGCAAUCUUUACUUAUUACUUAGACUAUGUGAACGACAUGGUGCAGAUCAUAACUUUCCUCCUCAAUCAUCACUACUGGUUUGCUUCCUUCAUGGCACUGACCCAAGCGCUGAGUCUUUGUGUGACCAUCUACUAUCACAAGCAGGAUGAAACACAGAUUGCACAGAAGAAGCUACGGAGCCGCCACGGCUCUGCUUUCGAAGAGGGCCGCAUGUCACUCAGAAUUGGCGUGCCAACAAGACAGUGGCAAUUUCUCAUGCAUGUGGAAGAAGUCAUUGAGGCUCCGGCUACUGGGCUUGUCGGUGCCUACGGCAUGUCAUUGGUUCCCAUUCUUACCCCCAUACAGGCCGCGAGUGGUAUGUAUGGGCUCAUUGCCUCUGCUCUCGCCAUGGGACGAGGGCGCAUGGGCUAUGAAGCCCGCUGUCGAGGUCCGCCUCGCUUCGCCUUGCCUGUCGCAGCACUGAAGUCCUUGUGCCCCACUGCGGCAACGUCUGCCCUGCUUGGGUAUCAGCUGGUCUUUGCCGCGGAGUUAGCGAUAUUUGCGGUUGUCAGCACAGUGCUGCAUCCCGUUGUGGGCCUCACCGGUUUUUGCGGUGGAUUCCUGAUUGAUGCCUGUAUUGACGUCAGAAGUGGUGCAGAUCUGGAAGCCAACGGAUUCUUUGGCGGACCAAACGUCAGUGAUGUGUGGUCUUUGGUGAACGUCAUGGCUGGAAGGCAUACCAAGGUAUUCUUUCCCACCAGCGCAGGUUGUUACGGAGUCAUUCCCAGGCUCUUCGUUGUGGUACGCUUGGCUGUUUGUGCUUCCCUCUGCUCAUUGACAGAUCUUCCCAACGGGCUGUUGCCUUUAGGCACCUUGGGCCGUCCCAUGGGCCACUCAGUCCUCCAAGAAACGUUUCUGGAUGCGACGACGGCCUGCCGGGAAUCCAUCGGCUGCUUGCUGGAAGGGGAAGUAUGCUGGCCAGAAGCUGGUGGUCAAUCUGUUCCAUCUACGAUGUUUCAUGCGGCUCUCUUUUUUUUGGCCCUGGGCCUGGGCAGCUUACUUAUCGUCACAACGCUGGGGCUGGCAGUCUACGUGUAUUCUGUUUGUCCCGAUAUGUCUGAAGAGAUGUUGCAAGACAUUGCCCGACGGACCUCCGUUUUCGUUCGAGGCCAGUCUGACUCCGACGACAAGGAGGUUGAGCUGCUGUCCAGACUUGGGAUUUUUGUGUCCUUGGGAGCUCUGGAAGCGCAGCUACAGGAGAUCAUCGACUUUGCGAGGGAAAGGGAGAAAGUCAUCGCGAGAAGUUUGCCAGGCCCAGAAGAGACGGAGACGAGUUCUGAAGAGAGCUCCGGCUCCGAGUAG